UUGCAGGGCACUUUCCUCGGGCUUAACAUCUUUUAGCCUAUCUGUAGAGGAUAUCAGAGGGCAAAGUUUCUGUCAUGAAAUAGGACUAAUCAACUUAGUUGAAUUCGUAUUUAAGGCAAGGUUAAACUGAAUUAAGACCAUUUUCGAAAGGGCAGUCAGAUGUAUUUUUCAACCUGUAGCCAGAGAAGCUUCUACAGUUGAAGGACAGAAAGUCUUUGUGUGGUUCCUCCAUCUGCAAUAUCAAAGACAAGAAGCCUUCACAGAGGAUGAUAUUUGUAAUUGUGCCUAGCACCUGACAUUUCAAGACGGCCUGGAUGGAUCUAAUGAAAAUGAGCUUCCAGAGUAAAAAGAAAUAAGUGAGAGCAGCCAGCACAUAACCCACUGCCCUCAACAACAAUUUCCAGGAGCUCCGUCAGUGGUGAGAGAUACUGAUGACAAACCCAGUGAUGGCUGUGAACCCUUUAUUGACCCCUUCGGGGCAGCAGACGAUCCCGCUGAUUCCCUCACCAUUCGGGCCUCCAACUGUGGACAGAGAUGUAUUGCCUUCCACGGUAGCUGCAACUGAUCCAAGACAGUUUUGUGUUCCUUCCCAGUUUGGAUCCUCUGUUCUACCAAACACAAGUAUGCCAAACGUGCUGUCCAAUCGGAUCUACCCAGGUUGGGGCAUUUUACCACCUGAAUCCAUAAAGGCAGUGGCCAGAAGGAAUGAAAUGAUUCAAAGGCAUCAUACUGCCAGGACAGAAAUGGAAAUGUAUGCUAUUUACCAGCAAAGGAGAAUGGAAAAAAUUAAUCCUAAGGGACUAGCAGGCCUAGGGAUACCAUUCCUCUAUGGCUCCGGUGUCCCAGCUGGUCCCGCUGCCUACCAUGGCAGGAGCAUGCUCCCUGCCAGUGACCUGCAUUUUCACAGAAGCACCCUCAGAAACCUUCAGGGAAACCCCAUGCUAGUGGCAACCGCACCACACUUUGAGGAGAGCUGGGGGCAGAGAUGUCGUCGACUCAGGAAAAAUACGGGGAAUCAAAAAGUUCUAGACAGUGAUGCUGAGAAUGCCAAAAGUCAAGCCGAAGAAAAACUGGCCCAGACUCCUGCAGUUCCCUAUCAAGAGGAUCAUUAUGCAAAAGACCCAGAAAUUGAAGCGCCCAACAACCAGAAGUCAAGUGAAACGAAUGAAAAGCCACCUACAGCUCUUGCCAACACCUGUGGAGAGCUCGAGCCCACUCAUAGGAAACCCUGGGGAUCUCACACUGCUACAUUGAAAGCAAAGGCCUGGGAGAGUGGGAAAGAAGAGGCUUCGGAGCAGACUUUUGCAGCCUGUGAUGAAAAGAAUGGGGUUUGUCCUCCACUUCCUCGACCAUCUCUGCCAGGAACACAUGCACUGCUUACAGUUGGGGGAAAUCUUUCUUUGGAUGAAGACAUUCAGAAGUGGACCGUGGAUGAUGUGCACAGCUUCAUUAGCAGCCUUCCAGGCUGUUCAGACUAUGCUCAGGUAUUUAAAGAUCAUGCAAUUGACGGAGAAACUUUGCCAUUACUCACAGAAGAGCAUCUUCGAGGCACUAUGGGAUUAAAGCUAGGACCGGCACUAAAAAUUCAAUCACAGGUAUCUCAGCAUGUGGGAAGUAUGUUCUACAAGAAAAUUCUUUCAUUUCCUGUAAGACAAGCAUUUGAUCAACCAGCAGAUGCAUCCCCUCUUUUGGAUUCUAAUUCCUGGAGUGACACAUUGAGCCUUUUUUGUCCCCAGGAUGUAAUAAUUCCUAAAGGAAUUGAGCGAGAUAGUAUGAGAAACUAAAAGCCCUCAAGGAGAAAGAAUAGUCUUAGCCAGUUUUCCAAAGAGUCUAGGAUAUUAGAAAAGAUGUGUGAGGAUUUCCCAGGACUAGAUGGAGAAUGAGAAGGGGAGAAAGUCAGCCUUCCUGGAGUUGUCAUGGAGGAGACUUGCCACCCAGCCCCCCCCCCCGGGAAUUCCCUGCCAGGGCUGAAUGACCCCAGCACCAAGUGACUGGAGAUCCAUCCUUAGGAACACAUGCUAAUGAAGGGGAGAUUUACAAACAUUAAGAAAGCAUCAGAUCGAUGUUUUCAUGAAGAAAUCUCUGAAAAAAAACAAAAGAUCUGAAAAUGAAAAAAGAGCUCCCUCCCUUUCUUUACUCAUUUUCCAUUCCCAAACCCUGAAAGAGAUAAAGGCAAACCAGUGAACCCACAAAGAGGUGGAAGAGAACGGGGAGCAGUACAGAACAGAAGUGAAGAAGCUGCCCCCACUCCACCUUUUCUCAAUGCAGAUUUCCGGCAUGAAGCAGGCCCAAGUUAGGGAAGGGGAGAAACAUUAACCUUAAAAUUUGGAGUUUGACUAUGACUCAGGACUAGGUAUUUUAUUUCUGAAAUAAAACUAUGUUAUGACUGAAAGUGACUGGAGAACUGCUUAUUAUCUGAGAGGGAGGUGAAAAGUCAUAGUGCCCACUUGAGAUUUCAUCCAAGGGGUGGGGAAGAGUUAUCUCUGCAAAGCAGGUCUGAGCUGGCAAGGUGGAGUGCUCUCCGCUCGCACCCUGUGGCUUCCCAUGUUUUCAAGUCGAUGUUUAACAGACUGUCUCUGAAAGGAUAAACAAGAAACUGAUAACAAUUUGCUCAAGGAGGACAUCGGCAGACAGGGGUAUGAAGAAGUCUUCUUACUAUAUACAUUCUUGUAUAUUUUGAAUUUUUAACUGUGAGAAUAUAUUUUCUAUUUUAAAAAUUUACAUUUAAAAUGAGCAAACUCUAGUAGGCAGCCUCUGAGAUUUGGUCCACAAGGAUCCCUGCAUCCUGGUAUUCAAGCCCUUGUGAGAUCUACUCCCCUGGAGGGUGGGCUGAGGGUACUGAGGCUUUUCUAAUGAACAGAAUGCAGAAGGUGUGAUGGGAUGUCCCUUUUGUGACUUCUGUCUUGCGUGCUUGCUCGCUCUCUCUGGAUUUCUCACUCCUGGGGAAGCCAGAUUCUUUGUUUCCAGGCGGCCCUGUGGAGAGCCCCACAUGAAACUGGAAAUGAAUCUUCUGAGGCUGCCGAUAGCCAUGUAGGGAAACUCGAAGGCGCCUCAGCCCCAGCCCACAGCUUGAGGGCAGCUCCUGAGAGACCCUGAGCCAGAGGCUGCCAACGAAGCCUCGCCUGGAUUUCUGACCCACAGAAACUGUGAGACAAUGAGUGUGUGCUGUUUUCAGCCACUAA